CUAUCUUGCAUCGACGAACCCUCUCCUUCCUUUGGGGCAGACGCGUCGAGUCAAUGGUCAAUGUGGGGGUUCGUCGACGGGAAUGUGACAGAUCACUGACAGCUGAAGUCGAGUGCUCUCUGAGCGUCUGAGCAGAAGGGGGCACCUGCGAAUUCCCACGUCUCGCAACGCAGUGUCCCACUGCUUUGCAAACUUGUUUGCGUUAUGAAGUCAGCUCCUUUGGUCGUCUUGCAGGUGAUAUCGUCAUCGCCACGGAUAGACGCCAUGGAUAGGAGGAUAUAAAGCAACUCUCUACCGAUGCUGUUGCUCCUCCCCCGUUCUGCUCCGGCCGUAACGACAAGAAAUCAACAGUCCGUCCUAUCGAGCCCUGUAGGCUCUCAUCUAUUCAGCCAGGGUCCAUCUCGGCAGCUCCUUCAAAACACACUCGGCAGACAAACAAUGUGUGAUUACGAAGAAUUCCUAUUUGCCUGUGGCUGCUCGACCAUUCGGCUCAAAUCCUACUGCCACUUUGCACGCAACGACCCAAACCACCAGUGCUUCGGGGUCAAGAAACUUCGAAAUAGCUGGGAGCAGGUCAAAGACUGCGAGGCCUGCUCGCAGCAAAAGACGAGGGGCCAAUGGGGGACCGUCCAAGGGUUCGGUGUCGAGGCUGCAAAUGGGAGUAUAACCUCGUCUUCCCACAACCAAUCGCGACGGAAAAGGUGAAGCGUGCAACCUCGGGUUACGCAGCGACCUACCGGUUAAUCGGCU